AUGACGACCACCACCACCACACAAUCGUCGCUGCCACCGAGCUCGGCAUUCUCCUUCAACUACAGCCCGAUGCCCGGCACCAAGCCCCGGCGGACGUCGCUCGCCCUGCCUCCUGCGCCACGGGAGGUCGCCGCGUGGCGCUUCGCCGACGACACCCGCCUACCACGCUCCACGACGCCUGAACGCGAGCUUGACCAACAGCCCCGGCGCGGCAAGAUGCGUAGACUCGACUCGGCCGAGACAGGCAGUCCGGAGAAGAAGGUCCGCAGGAAGUGGACGAUGGAGGAGACGCAGCAGCUCGUAGAUGGCUGUAACAAGCACGGUGUCGGCAACUGGAAGGCUAUCUUGAACGACCCGACGUUCUCCUUUGAGGGACGCUCGCCCGUCGAUCUCAAAGACAGAUUCCGCACCUACUUCCCCGACGCCUACAAGCAGCACUACCCGAACGCUAAGACGCAUCUCUCGUCCAAAGUACGCGCCGCUCUACCGGAUGGCUCGUCGCUCUUCGAGAAGACGCGCAGCAAGAAGCGCCGUCCCUUCACCCCCGAGGAAGACGCGGCGCUCAAGGCCGGCUACGACAAGCACGGUACCGUCUGGGCGACCAUCGUCAAGGACCCCGUCUUCGCCGAACAGAACAGACGCAGCACCGACCUCCGCGACCGCUUCCGCAACGCCUUCCCCGAGCUCUACCAGGCCGCCGGCUACAAGCCCCGCACGGCGCCCAAGAAGAAGAACUCGACCGGUCCCGAGCCACGCGCUGUCACCGACGAGCAGAUCCCGACUGAGAGCGGGCCAGCUCGUCGCAAGAGGCGGCACACUACGCAGGGCUUUUUACGCGGAGGGACCAAGAGCGUGCCUCUGAGUCCGAACGCGUCUGAGUCUGAGAGCUCGGACGAGGAGGACCCGCCUGGUACUAUGCCCGUCUCGUCCUCGGCUGCAUCUCCGCCUUUGCUGGCAUCAAUGUCGCCACCCUCCGUCAAGCCUCCUGCGCCUAUGCUGCCAACGCGCACGAGCUCCAGUACCUCCGCCUCAGUAUCACUCGCCACACCCGCCUCGGCCCGCCUUUUUGACGGCGACGCGGAUAUGUUCUUAGCGGACGAUCCCCCGUCCAUGGACUUCUCCUCUAUCAACGCGUCUGACGCCGAGUGGUCUACCGGUGGCGUGCACUCAUCGGCCGCCUCUGCCUCCGCCGCAUGGUCAGCAAGUCCGGGUUCGGCGCACGGCCUACUCUUCGGCAACGACUUCAAUAUGAACCUUGGCGCAUUUCCUGCUUCGCACCAGCAGAUCGGCAAGUCUGCAUGGGGACCGCAAGACUGGUUGGCCGGUGCAGCGCGCAUGGACCCCAGCAUGCACGGUUCGCCCGACACGGGCGCUCCAUUCCUCGGCGCUUUCGUGGGAAGUCCUUCCCCAUACGGCGUUGUUGACCGCUACGACCUCUUCCCCGGCUCUGGCCCGCUCGACUAUGCCUCUGCAUCCGAUGCAGGCGCAGACAGCUUCAGCGUGAGCGCAUUCAGCGACCCCGACUUCGGCAUGGGCGGUUCGGGCGGCGGGUGGCGCGGGUUCACACACCACUCGCGUACGGCCGGCGAUCUCAUCUUCGGCGCUCGCACGCAUCAGCCCGCGCCGUCGAGCAGCGCGGAGUACGGGCCUGGCUUUGGAUUUGGUGGGAUGCCGGGUAUCGACGAGAUCCCUGGUACGAGUCAUGGGCAGGGUAUCGACGAUAUCGAGCUCAGCGCCAUCUCGCUCAAUGAGCCUUCUGAGGCUGGACCGUCGGGGAGCCAGGAGCCGCCGCCUGAGGUCCCUCGUACGCCGCCACCGCGUAGCGCUGCUGGUCCUACCCUACCAAGCGCAGGCCGCAGUCUUUCGGUCCCGCCUACAGACCACGGACAUUUCGUCGGUGCACCACCGCUCACGCCAACGCGUAGCCUGAGCAUGGACGUACACUCUACCACGGGCGCACCUUCCGCGGACCUGCAUGCGCUACUCAUGGGUCUCGACGCGUUCCGCCCGCCUGGGAUGGGCAUCGGUGGUUCGGGGAUGGACGUUCCCUUCCUCGACUUGCAUUACCCGCACUAUAACCCCGCAUACGCCGAGCCUUUGCCGCCCGACAGCACGCUCGCGCUCGAUCUCGCAAAUGUGAGCGUGCACCAUCCGCCUGCUGUGAGCGUCGGUCAGGGCGCGCGGUUCGCUAGUCUUGGUGCUGAGGCGGCCAAGUUGGCUGGUGCUGGUAGCAGCGCGAGCCCUGUGGGCGGGGGUGUGAUCAGAGGGAGAGGGAUGGGAGGGAGUCAGCAUGCGAGGGGCGUCAGUCAGACUGUUGCGCCGCUUGAUACCAUUGCUGAGAAGGUGGAGGGGAAUAAGAGGAAGCGCGCGAGUUGGGAUGGGGCGCGUUGA